AUGGCAUCAUUAUACCUUGAUUACACAGCAUCUGGAAGGUCUUUAAACUUUAUAGAAGAUUAUAUACGGAAUGAAGUUUUACCAGAGUAUGGAAAUACCCAUACUACAACAAAUGUUUCUUCAUUGCAAACUACCCUAUAUAGACAUGAGGCCAGGGAUAGAAUCCGGAAUGCAGUUCAUGCCAGCGAACACGAUGCUGUGAUAUUUGUAGGCAGUGGUUCAACAGCAGCUAUACAUAAACUAAUACAUGGUCUCCAUCUUGAUCAUAAACCUGUUGUAUUGGUUGGACCAUAUGAACACCAUUCUAACUUGCUGCCAUGGAAAGAAAUUGGUGCAAAGAUUUUACAAGUGAAGGCAGAUAAAGCAGGUCUUGUUGAUAUCAAUCAUCUAAUAUUAUUACUGGAGAAAUGGAAGGUAACAGGACGUCAAAUGAUUGGUUGUUUUAGUGCCGCGUCAAAUAUCACGGGAAUUUUAUCUGAUGUGAAUGCCAUUACUGUAACCUUACAUAAACACGGAGCUCUUGUAUUCUGGGAUUACGCUACAGCUGCACCUUAUGUUGAUAUUGAUAUGAACCCAGUGGCAGUGAGUGAAGACCAGCCGUACAUGUACAAGGAUGCUGUCUUUAUAUCCUGUCAUAAGUUUGUUGGUGGAGUACAAACACCAGGUGUAUUGAUAGCUAAGAAGAAGUUGUUUCGGAACACUGUACCUGACGGUUGCGGUGGUGGAUCUGUGUUCUUUGUAAGGAGAGAACAGCAUCGUUACCUACAAGAACCAGAGUUGAAGGAGGAAGGGGGCACACCUGCCAUUGUACAAUCUAUACGAGCAGGGCUUGUAUUCCAGCUGAAACAGUCUGUAACACCUGCAGUUAUACUGCAGAGAGAGGAAAACAUGCUGAGGAAAGCGAGAGAAGUAUGGAAAGACCAUCCGACUUUGAUAAAUCUAGGGAACAUGGAUGCACCACGUCUUCCUAUUUUCUCAUUUAUGGUGUACCAUAAACAAUCUGGCAGGUUCCUACAUCAUAAUUAUGUCAGUACAUUGCUCAAUGAUUUGUUUGGGAUCCAGGCUAGAGGAGGAUGUGCAUGUGCUGGUCCAUACGCAAUGGACUUGUUAGGAAUGGAGGAAGAGGUUAGUGAGAGGUUUGAGCAUCUACUGGCUGAAGACAG